AUGGAAGUCCCUCUCUCUUCAAGUUUUUUAAAAUUUGAAACAACCCUCAGAGGUUAAAACCCUCCAUCUACGCGCGCCACUGCGCCAGCCUUUGUUUAAAUACAAAAGCUCAGAUCUGUCUCUUUUUCUUCAUCUUUCAAAUCAUAUUUGAAAUGGAUUCUCUUCCAGAUGCCAUUGUUCAGUACAUUUUGUCACACUUGAGCAAUGCUCGGGAUGUUGCAGCUUGUAAUUGUGUAUCCAAGAGAUGGAGGGAGUCAUUGACUUACCUUAGAAGUCUCUACUUCCCUCGCAACUCCUUUGAUAGCCGUCCAGGCAGUUAUAGCUCCGACACUGUCGUCUGGAAAAUGCUUUCCGCAACUGCAUGCUUGGAGGAGCUUGUUGUUUACAGUCCAUUCACCAGUGCAGGCCUUGCUUCGUGGCUGUCGCUGGUGCAUUCAUCACUCAAGGAUCUUGAGCUAAGAAUGGAUAAUGUUAUGGAUUAUCAGGCAUGUCUUGAUAGCCCUUCCAAAUUGGACUGUAUUGCUGCAGCGAAGAAGUUGAAGUCUUUGAAGCUUUGGGGUGUGUUAAUGGCUAAUCCGCCCAAGUGGGAUGUUUUUGAAAACCUUCUAUGCCUUGAAAUCGUUGGAGCAAGAUUGGAGGAUCCCGCAUUAUCUGCUGCACUUGGUGCAUGCCCUAACUUGACUAACUUAGUAUUGCUUGGUUGUGAAGGGGUUAGAUCAGUUUCGAUUGAGUUGCCAUACUUGGAGCACUGUAAGCUGGAUUUUUAUGGCUCGGGGAAUUGUUCCCUUUCUCUCACUUGUCCGCAAAUUGAACUUCUUGAGGUGCAAGGCUGUAGUUGGAUUCGAGUCCGUGAGACUUCAUGCCUGAGGAACCUUUCAAUAGCGAACAAUGCUGGCAGAGUAUACAUGGUAGACUUUGGGAAGCUUUCAGCGCUUGAAUCCUUGUCCAUGAGAGGGGUCCAAUGGUGCUGGGAUGCAAUAAGUAAAAUGCUGGAAUGGUCGAAUGAGGUGAAGCAUCUCUACAUGAAGGUUGAAUUUACAGGAGAUUUGGAGGCCCUUCUACCCUUUCCAGAAGUUGACUUUGUUGAAUUUUUUAAUAGCCAUCCCAAGCUUCAAAAGUUUGAUAUUCAUGGAGCCAUGUUUGCUGCUCUUUGCCAGAAAAACAGCUUGAAAAAUGUAGAGCCAGGAUUUGUGAUUCCCUGCCUAGAGGAAGUUGUGGUCCAAGUAAGAUCACCAUUAAAUGCUGAACAGAAAAUGAACACUCUGGAAUCCCUUCUCAAGUAUGGGAAAAACUUGAAGAAAAUGGUAAUAAGGAUUCUUCAAAUGAAGAGCAGCCAUAGCAGCACGGAUGAAUUCUUUGAUGAGAUUUGCAGGCUUAAAUUUAUGAACCGCAAAAUAGUUCGAAUUGAAUAAGGCUGACAACAGCCACCUCCUAUUUGUUCCAAGUGAACAGCAUUGACUGCUAAUCAAACAACGGCUCGAAUAGAUGGUUGCUUCAUGAUGAUUCUCAUGGAGAUGCUUUUAACUUCUCAAGUUUUUCAUUUCACACCUCUUCUGUUGCAAUGUCUUCUGUUGCAAUCAAAAACUCAAGUUUAUUUAGGCGUUUGAAGUUUUUGCCUUUGACAUCCAGCUAGUACUUAAACGAUUCGUUGAACAAAAUAAUUGCAUCGGUUGGCCCUUAUUUACCUGGAA